UCAUGUUACAGAAACUGGAUAUAGUUCUGCGUUUCGAUCUACACUACAGAGAUGGAAAAUAUUUGUACAUUGGACAUAAUAAGGUGUCAUGGUUGGAGGCUGUUGAGGAGUGUAAGAAAUUGAAUAUGACUUUAGUAACAAUUCGAUCUGAAGAGGAAAAUAGCGCUGUUCUAACUCUACUCAAGGAGAAUCGAGUAACUUUACCUUGGAUUGGUGGAUAUAACUAUCAGGAAAAUGGAGAAUUUCGAUGGAUUGCAACUGGAGAAUUGUUUUCAUAUACGAAAUGGCAUAACGACAUGUCAAAUACGAAUGACUCGAAUAGGAAUUGUGUGUAUAUGGAACGUGAAGGAACUUGGAACAAUUUCAAUUGUAUGGCCAUAUCAAUAUACAUGUGUGAACUUGUUGUUUCUUAA